UUUAUCCCUCUAGCAAUCUCUCUGAAAUGGGGGGGGGGGAUGGAGGGAAUUUACUCUCUUCCGGCCUGUUCUAUGUGUUACACUGCUACCCUUAGGGCAGAAGUGAGGCUGGGAACUCUGAGAGUGGCUACUUGUGUCCAGGGGUGCGCUGACUUGUUUCUUAGCUCAGCCCCCUGGGUCUUCCCCCCCUCCCCCUAGUUCUUUCUCGCUCUACCUCUUGCCCUCCAGGGGGCCUGGAGCCCCAGCCAGCUGUUGAAAACCUCUGUCCGGGCAUGCCAUGAAUUGGAGGACAGCUGGAUUCUAGAGCAAAAGGCAAGUCACGCUAGUGUCUCUGUUCAUAUACCUGCCAUGUCACCCCCUAACCAGAUGACUCAUCUCCAAAUUUCUUUCUUAAUUUGGAACCCUCCUCUACCCUUUCACUUUUAUCUCCUUGAGCAGAAGAAAGUAUGGUCCAAGAGGGGGAACAUUUACAAUGAUAGGGGUCUUCCCCCACCCUUUUAAAUACCAACAAAUUUCCCUCCUUUCUGAAGGAUUGGGGCUGUAUUUUUAAAAGCCAACACAAAUUGUCCAGCAGGAAGACUCUUCAGUCCCCUAACAAGGUUCAUGUAUUAGCUAACAUGUUGUCUCCACCAGCUCCUACACACUGUCUGCUUUUGGGUUCGAAACUUUAUUUUUCCCCCCUAGCGACACUCCAGGGAAACCUUAACGUUACAGAAGAUGAAUAAACGAGUUUUUUCCCAGCGUAGUCCCGUUUAUGGCUUUAUUGCUACCCAUUGAUUACUCUGCUUUGUUACACAGAAGGAAAAGAUCAUAAAAUCCGGAGACAUCCGGGUUCUUGUUAUAGUCAGCCCCCCCCUCAAAAUGGUGAGGAGAAAAUAUGAGCUUCCACCGCUCCCUUCGCUAGCCCCACCACCCCCUCUUUGUCAGCUCAAAGCAUUUUCAGCCUAUGUCACGAUAUCAAAUUAAGUUUGGAUUCAUCAGGAGAAAAACUCCAUCUGCACACCUUCCGCUGUUUCAGUUUGCCCACUGCGGCUCCCUCAGAAGCCUGGAACUCAGCUGCCUUUUCCUAACCUUCUCUUCCUUUUUCUCAGCCCCAAUGUGGAGAGAAAAUGGGGGUAGGGGUUGCUGAGAGGCCCGGCUCCGCCAGGUGUGGCUGGCCCUUGAGUGAGAGCUCCCCAGGAGCCCUUUGCUGGAAUCUCCCAAGCCCCGGAGCUCAGGUCCAGGGUGCCUCUCUUGGCGGGGCAGAGUCCGGAGGGGCCUGGGGGCUUCUGACUUGCGCAGGGGCUUGAGCCUGCAGACGCUCGCUGUCCUUCAGAGCCCCCCCAGCCUUCUCUUUCUGCCUGGAUCCUGUGUGAAUCACCCCAGCGGCCCUCGUUGGCUCCAAAUCAUAAAUUCUCACCAACAUAAACAGGAGUUGAUGUGUCUAGAAAGACCCUCAGAGUUCUUUCUUCUGCCUUCCUUUCUUCCUUUUCCUCUCUCUCUCCCACCUUUUGCUUCUUUCUCUCUCUUUUCCAUUGUAUUUUUAUACAUUUUUCCCUUUUAGGCAAAAGUGCUGCAAGAGUUUCCCCCAAAAGGGUGUUCUGAGAGGCAGAAGGGGGCUAAGAGGAUGAAGAAGCAAAUGCAUGGCCCCUUUGCCCACUUCAGCUCUGCCACUGUGUCCUGAAGUCUCAUCCUUACUCCUUUAGACCUCCUUGCUCCCUACAUUUCCCUUCCACCUAAGACUAUCAGCCACACUCUCCUUCCUCUGAGCACUGUGUUUUAUGCAGUUUCUUUCUACUUUUGAUUUUUUUUUUUUAAAUUUUGGGGGGGAAAAGUACUGGUUUAGUGAUGAGGACUCACUCCAUGGAGGGUCAAAGUAGGAUUUCCUGUAGGAUUUCUGGGGAUUCCCCCUGAGCUGGGAAGGGGCUCUUCCCACAGAAAAAUCAGGAUGUAAUUUUAGAAGGGGGGGAGAUAUAAAAGAUGAAAUCAGAUUGAAAAUAGAGGGAUUUCUCCAGACCUGGCUCUGGCCACAGCACAGCAAAGUUAGCAGGGGCUGAGAGAUUUCCUAGCAGUGCAGCUCUUCUUCCCUGGGCCCCAAGGCCCUGCUAAUGCAUAUUCACCCUUCUUCACCUCCAAAUCAGUUCCCUAACAUAUAUAUUUUUAAAAGAAAUCUAAGUCUUACUUUCAAAGCACACACUUAGUCUCAACUAGGGAAUCAACAGAAGCAGAAGCGAUUUUUUUCCCCCUUCUUGACAUCUGGCUUGCGAUUGGCUGGAAGGGGGUCAGCUGACUUUGUCAUUUUGUCUGUCCUGGAUUGGAGCCGUCCCUAUAACCAUCUAGUUCCGAGUACAAACUGGAGACAGAAAUAAAUAUUAAAGAAAUCAUAGCCCGACCAGGUAAAGGCAAAGGGAUGAAUUCCUACUUCACUAACCCUUCCUUAUCCUGCCACCUCGCCGGGGGCCAGGACGUCCUCCCCAACGUCGCCCUCAAUUCCACCGCCUAUGAUCCAGUGAGGCAUUUCUCGACCUAUGGAGCAGCCGUUGCCCAGAACCGGAUCUACUCGACUCCCUUUUAUUCGCCACAGGAGAAUGUCGUGUUCAGUUCCAGCCGGGGGCCGUAUGACUAUGGAUCUAAUUCCUUUUACCAGGAGAAAGACAUGCUCUCAAACUGCAGACAAAACACCUUAGGACAUAACACACAGACCUCAAUCGCUCAGGAUUUUAGUUCUGAGCAGGGCAGGACUGCGCCCCAGGACCAGAAAGCCAGUAUCCAGAUUUACCCCUGGAUGCAGCGAAUGAAUUCGCACAGUGUGUGUUUUGUGCCCGGAUCUCUAGGGGUCGGCUAUGGAGCGGACCGGAGGCGCGGUCGCCAGAUCUACUCGCGGUACCAGACCCUGGAACUGGAGAAGGAAUUUCACUUCAACCGCUACCUAACGCGGCGCCGGCGCAUCGAGAUCGCCAACGCGCUCUGCCUGACCGAGCGACAGAUCAAAAUCUGGUUCCAGAACCGCCGGAUGAAGUGGAAAAAAGAAUCUAAUCUCACGUCCACGCUCUCAGGGGGCGGCGGAGGGGCCGCGGCCGACAGCCUGGGCGGAAAAGAGGAAAAGCGGGAAGAGACAGAAGAGGAGAAGCAGAAAGAGUGACCAGGACUGUCCCUGCCACCCCUCUCUCUCCUUCUCCCUUGCUACCCCCCCCAAUUCCCUCCUAAUCACACACUCUAUAUUUAUCACUGGCACAACUGAUGUGUUUUGACUCCCUAAAACAAAAUUAGGGAGUCAAAUAUGGACCUGAAAGUCAACUCUGGACCCCCUCCCUCACCGCACAAACUCUCUUUGACCACGCGCCUCCUCCUCCUUGCUCCCUCGCUAGCUCGUUCUCGGCUCGUCUGCAGGCCCCUUCCCCCUCCCAGGCCUUGGGGGCUCCGUCCCUGAACCUCGCUUCAGACUCCACAGAUCUCCCUCCAAAUGAGGACUUGGCCUCCCACCCCCUCGGCGCCUCCACCCCCGCCCCUGCGCAGAGAGCCGGCUCCCGGGCCGGGGCCUCCGCUCCGGGGCCUCAGGGUCCGGCCUGGCAGCCGCGGAGAGCGGGAGGCCCAAGGAGGGCGCGUCGUGGCCCCACAGCAACCCCCAGGGCCUCCCCGCAGCCCCUGCCCGGCCCCUCUGCCCCAGCAAAUGCCCAGCCCAGGCAAAUUGUAUUUAAAGAAUCCUGGGGGUCAUUAUGGCAUAUUACAAACUGUGACCGUUUCUGUGUGAAUAUUUUUAGCUGUAUUUGUGGUCUCUGUAUUUAUAUUUAUGUUUAGCACCGUCCGUGUUCCACUCCCAUCUUAAAAGGGGGGAAAAAAAGAGGGAAAAUUACAAAAAGAGAGAAAAAAAAGUGAAUGACGUUUGUUUAGCCAGUAGGAGAAAAAAAUAAAUUAAAAAAAUCCCCCUCGUGUUACCCUCCUGUAUAAAUCCGACCUCUGGAUCCGUUCUCGAAUAUUUAAUAAAACUGAUAUUAUUUUUAAAAGUUUA